AUGCACGACCGGCCUCCGUCGGAUGGCUCUCCGGCCUCUCCGGCCGCUGACGCGGCCGCCCAUGCUGCUGCCGAUCCGGUCCCUCUCACGCUCAGCGAUAUCCGCACAAGCUACGACAACUUCGAGGUCGCCGGCUUUGGCCAGGUGAGGGGCACGACUACCCGCCUGGAAGGCGCUCUCAUCAGCAAGUCAAUUGCAAACUGUCCCGCCAUGCCCACCUACUCCCCUCGGGGCGUGAUCGACGCCUUCGUCGGCGAUCUGCCCUGGCCGUCUGGCUGCGGGCCUGCGCUCAUCGUGCGGACGGUCGACGACGGUCUCCACUACGCUCUCACCCCGGAGGACGUGGAGAAAGCGUUGUCCAAAGCUGCCUGGAAGCGCGCCCAAAUGGAGCUGCGCAUUCUCCAGCUUCGUGCGCGUGUCGGAGCCGGCUUCUCCACUGUGCCCCGACUGGAGACCGAGCCGCCGACGGUUGGGACAGGCCGCUCCGCGCUUCAUCGGGAGCUGUACCAACUUGAGAAGUUUGUCUGGCUCUCGACGCGGCUUGGCCAACCUUGGCAUGGGGCGGUGGACCAGCUCGACACCGCUUUUCACAGCGCCCGAGAUGCCUUCCGCCGUGAACGCCGGCAGCAACAGGCUGCAUGCGUGGAAUGCGUGGGCCGCAAUGCCGCCGACCUCUUCGCUUGGAACAGCUCGGCGCACGAGAAGGCGACGCCCGUCUCGAUUGGGAAGAUGGGCGAGUGCGUGUGCGGGGCGACCGGAUGCGGCUGCGAGACCCGCUACAUGUGCACGCACUGCGGCGCCUUGCUCUUCCCAAAGGAGGCGAAGCGGGCCAAGGCAGUUGGUAAGUACGGGACCAAAUGGCAGGGCGGCAAGUUUUGCUGCAGCGGAGGGCAAGUCGACCUGCCGCCAAUCCAGCGCGACGAGGCCGUCGAUGCCGUUUGGGAGCGCAAUCCCGAACUGCUGGCGAAGCAUUCUCGCCGACUCAACAACGCGCUGUCGAUUGCGUCAGCACCUGUGAACAUCCUCUGUCCUCCAGACGGCGGCUGGGCCCCGAGCGUGGUGAUCCAAGGCAAGCUCCACCACAAAGUUGGGCCACUCGGUGUUGGCGAGCACGAGACGCCUCGAUUCGCGCAGCUUUACGUCUACGAUCCGGCUGCCGAGGGUGACAGGAUUGUGGACCAGCGCUACGCCGCGUUGCGGAUGGACCCGGAGACGUCGAGCGCGGAGAAGGCAAGGCUGAAGGCCGCGCUGCGCGACCUUGAAAGCGCGCUCAAGGACUGCAGCUCAUACGGCGCCAGCUGCCCUCCGGAAGGCGCGACGACGGCCCAGUUUGUCAUCGACCCGGACAAGGCGCCUGCGAACGUUGACCAGCGCCAGUACUCUUCAAACUACGGCAAGCGCACGUUCAACGAGACGAACCGAGCGUACGAUCCUCUGCAUUUUGUGCUGCUCUUCCCGUGCGGCGAUGACGGCUGGCAUCCGUACAUGCCACUGUCCAAGCCGGCUGAUUCCGGCCAACCUGCUGCCGCCGCCGCAGAAAUGGAGGAGUUGCCUGCUGCGUCAGAGUGGGAGCCACCUCCAAAGCGCAAGAAGACCCAGGUCUCGCCACAGCAGUAUUACGCGCACCGCCUGCAGGUCCGAGAAGUGCGGCACGCAUGGCUCGAUGCCGCUGGGGACAUCCGCGAGGGCCCGGCUAUCGAUGACGACGGAAGAGUACUUCUUGAUGACGCCCUCAACCGCGCUGGACGGCUCUUCCAGGAGUAUUGCUGCAUGGCGCUCGCAAAGACGGAGACUCAGAGGCUGCGGUGGCACCGGAAUCACCAGAAAAAGAUUUGUUCGGAGCUCUAUCAGCACCUUGCCGAUGCGGUGACAGCACACGACAACUCAGCGGGCCAACUGCAGGCCGGGAAGCGCGUCGUGCUGGCCUCGAGCUUCACGGGCGGGCCGCGAGAUCAGUACCAGCGCUACCAUGACGGGAUGGCCGUUGUCCGGAAGAAGGGUUCGCCGUCGUUCUUCGUCACCAUGACUUGCAAUCCAAAGUGGGACGAGAUCCUCGCCGAGCUUCCUCCUGGACAGAAGGUGGAGGAUCGGCCCGACCUGACGGCGCGUGUCUUCAAGCUGAAGCUCGACCAGCUGCUACAGGAGCUGUACACGGACGGCAUCUUUGGUCGGGUUGUCGCCAGCCUGCACGUGAUCGAAUUUCAGAAGCGAGGGCUGCCGCACGCUCACAUCCUCAUCAUCCUGCGCAAAGAGGACCGACCAAAGAGCGUUGACGACGUCGACGCCUGUGUCCGCGCCGAGCUGCCGCCGAAGCCCUCGCCCGGCGACUACAGCAACGACGGCGAUCGACGCGGCGACCUGUCGGAGAAACUGAAGCUGUCGCCAAUGGCCAAGGCGGGCGAUCAAUACGAGGUCGGGUGGACGCCUUUGCACGCGGCGGCCAACGGCGGCGCCGAGCGAGUGGUCGCGCACCUGAUCACCUGCCGCGCCGACAUCGAGUCGCGCUGCCGGGCGGGCCGCACCCCGCUCGCCGAGGCUGCACGGAGCGGCCAUCUCCCCGUCGUCAUGCGGCUCCCGGCGGAGCGGUAG